UAGAGGUAAUUGCUACAACACACAAGGGAGCUACAUAUGUUCUUGCAACAAGGGAUAUACUUCUAGAGUCAGAGAUGAUAAUAUGACAGAUUGCAUUCACAGCAAUCCUCUUGAGAGCUCAAAUAGUCAGCAUAAAAACCUUAACAACAUUGUUGUUGGAGCCUGCCUUGACUUAUUUCUUCUACUUAUGAGUCUUCUGACUGGCUUAUGGAUAUACUGGGGAUAUAAAAAACGAAAGCACAUGGAAGUCAGAGAGGAAUUCUUCAAGAAAAAUGGUGGUUUGAUUUUAAACCAACUACUUGAUGAAAGAGAAGAGGACAUCGAGACUAGUAGAUAUGUCAAAGGAGAAAAGAAGCAUCGAUCAAUUGCUAAAAUAUACACCGAGCAGGAGCUGACAAAGGCGACCAAUAACUAUCAUGAAAGUCAAAUUCUUGGCCGCGGAGGGUUUGGCACGGUGUAUAAAGGAACCUUAUCUAAUGGCGAAGUGGUUGCUAUUAAGAAGACAAAAAUAGUUGAUAUGGACCAAAAUGAGCAAUUCAUAAAUGAAAUUGCUGUUCUAUCACAAAUCAAUCACAAAAAUGUGGUUCAGCUCUUGGGUUGUUGUCUAGAAAGCGAAGUUCCUCUGCUAGUUUAUGAGUAUAUUGCGAACGGGACCCUUCACCAACAUCUACAUGAACGUCGUGAAGGUUCUGUUACUCUUUCAUGGGAAAAUCGUUUGAGGAUAGCCUCAGAAGUUGCAGGAUCAUUAGCCUACUUGCACUCUGAAGCUUCCAUACCCAUAAUCCACAGAGAUGUCAAAUCAGGUAACGUACUUCUAGAGGAUGAUUUCAAAGCGAAAGUCGCAGAUUUUGGAGGUUCGAGGUUGAAUCCUACCAAUGAGGCUCAGUUAAGCACAGUAGUUCAAGGUACAUUUGGGUACUUAGAUCCAGAAUACAUGCAAUCAAGCCAACUGACAGAUAAAAGCGACGUUUACAGCUUUGGCGUUCUUCUUGUGGAAUUGAUAACCGGUGAAGCUGUACUUUCUAAAGACAGACCUGAAGAGGAUAGGAAUCUGGCUAGUUAUUUUCUUUCUUCUAUGAAAACCAACAGAUUAUUUGCGAUUCUUGAUGAAAGUUUGGUAAAGAAUGACAUUGAAAGAGUCGGUAGUGUAGUUGGGCACCAACAAAUUCAAGAAAUGGCUGAACUAGCACAAAAAUGCUUAAGAAUGAAGGGAGAAAACAGAACUUCAAUGAAAGAAGUAGCAAUAGUGCUGCACGGAAUAACAAGGGUGUCGUCAAACCACCCUUGGGUCUUGGAUGAUGAGGAAGGUGCAACAAGCAAAGAAGAACGCAUGCUCUUGUUAGAAUCAGCUGAAUUACUAUCUUACACAGACAGCAUAUCAACAAUUGGUGAUAGCAGCAAAGGGAUAUCGGAAUAUCAAACAGAGGGGCGUUAACAUAUAAAUCCAGCAUUCUAGCCCAUUUUGGCCCACUAUAUAAACACUGCA